AUGGACUCGACCUCCUCCAUUCAUACCUUGCCCAUUCCUUCGCUUGAACACCCUUCUGGCUUUGAUUUGUGGCCCAUGUUCAACAGAGCCUUCGAGGCUGUUGUGGGGUAUUCAGCCAACAGUUUCCGAUUUAUCGAAGGCAAGACACCUCUUUCUACGCUGAAGGAAACCUCAACCAUUCUUGUCCUAUAUUAUACGGUGGUCCUGGGAGGACGAAGUUUUUUGAGCAAUCGAAAACCAUUGCAAUUGAAGAAGCUUUUUCUUUUGCACAACCUCUUUCUCAGCAUCAUCAGUGCCAUUCUUCUGGCACUUUUCCUGGAACAGAUAGUACCGACUAUCGCGAGGAAUGGCUUGCGCUGCGCCAUCUGUGAUCUCGAGGGUGGCUGGACCCAGCCCAUGGUUGUACUAUAUUAUUUGAAUUACCUCACGAAGUACUUCGAGCUCCUGGACACGGUCUACUUGUUUCUGAGGAAGAAGCCUCUCACGUUCCUGCAUUGCUAUCAUCACGGCGCAACUGUCUUCCUAUGCUACACUCAAUUGGUUGGGUCUACGGCGAUCUCUUGGGUUGUGAUCACAUUGAACCUGGCUGUCCAUAUCAUCAUGUACUGGUACUACUUUCAGGCCGCGCGAGGGAUUCCCAUUUGGUGGAAAGCAUGGAUCACUCGGGGCCAAAUCCUCCAAUUUGUGAUUGCACUGGGCUUUAUCUCCUACGGCUCUUUCUUUGUAUAUUUCCCUCAGUAUGGCUCAUGUGUGGGCAGCAUGUUGGCCACAGCCACCGGCGACGUUGUGAUCAGCUCGUACCUGGUUUUGUUCGUGUUGUUCUACCUGGCCACAUAUCGGAAAGACGGCAGGAUGCCUAGUGCCCGCGUAGCUGUGCGACCUAAACCCCAGGCACCAGUUUCGGUGCCCCAUCUGGUUGUGGCUGCUAUGUCCAGUGGGCACGAUAACCGAAUCGAGACAGGGUUGACUGGUGCCGGUGCCCUGGCACGGAAAGUCUAG